UUCAACGCAAAAUGCGUCACAUAGGAUAUUCCCACCGAAGUGCCGCUUUCCCAUCGGCUCGCUCAUCGUCCUAUCCAACCCCGGAGCACCACCGGCGUAGCGGGAAGGCAUCCAUCCAUGGCCGUCUCCACCUUCAGUGGCCCUGGGAUUGGGCUCGGUUUCUUGAUCUUGUCUCUGUCUGUUGAAAUCGGCGCAGGCUUCGGCGUCGGCUGCGGAUUCGGAGUCGGAUGGGGGUUCGGAGGAAUGCCUCUGAACGUAUUCGGCUUGGGCAUCGGUGGGGGAUGCGGAGUUGGUCUUGGGUUAGGAUGGGGCUUUGGAAAUGCUUAUGGUUGUCAAUAUCGAUCUUCAAGGGUCCAGUUUCAGGGCAUUGAGUUUCAGAAAAAGUCUGAAGGAGAUGAAGCACCAAAGCUUGCUUCGCCAGGGCUUGUUGAAAAGUCUCGUCCUUAUGGCUAGUAUAGCUGCGAUCAUACAUUUGGCACAGGCAAUGUUACCAUUGCCCCCUUGAUUGUAGUCAAUUGUCUACCUGGAAAGUUGUUUGAAAGCAUUUUGAUGUUUUGAUGAACUUGGACAUUUUCAUAGUAACAGAAUGAGGAUAAUCCAUGUAUUGUUUUCGUUUCGGAUUACGGUCUUCAUAUUUGGCUAAUAUUGUCCAUUAACAUUCUCUUGGUUGGGUGCACCCUCCAAGUGUUUGUUGUUACUCUUGUUAAGUACCUGUAAUUCACUUAUGUGUGUAGUGCAUUAUGUCUGGAUAUGGUUAA